AUGGGAAACAACGGUCAAUUCAACUCUCAAUACUCUCAGUCGACCAUCAACAAGUCGACCUCGGACCAGUGCCUGGUCAACCACUCCAAUGGUAGCCGGACCUCUAUGGUACCCUCAGAUGGACCUGCUGCCCUGACUGGUAAACAAAACCCUUCUCCCAAAAGUCAUUCGUCAAACGUCAGUCGCCUGCAAGAAGAUAUCGCGGGAAUCGGUUCCUGGACGGACUCAACCCCCGAUCUUCAAAUCGCCAUGGAAUUCGACCUGGUUCUCGAAGUGAACCAAGGAAGCUAG